AUGCUCACCUUGCUCGCCAUGACCGUCGCCAAGUGCACGUUGGUAUGCUUCUACCUUCGAAUCACCCCCAACAAGAUUCACCGCACGGCUGCAUGGGUCCUUAUGGGUCUCAACUGCGCAACUGGAAUAGCUUGGGUUGGGAUUCUGGCUGGACGUUGCGCCGGUUCGAGAGCAUCCUGGGGAGUACUGGACGGACAGUGUCCAGGAUAUGUGAGAACUCUUUCCUCUGCCGUGAGCUCGGGCGCUGACCAACACCAGACGGCUGGAUGGUCGGCAACAGCAGCAACAGAUGUCGCCCUCGAAGUACUGAUCUUCUUGAUGCCUGUCUGGAUCGUCUGGGAUCUACAAAUGGCAGUGCAGAUGAAGACCAUAAUCAUCUUAACCUUCGCGGUGCGCUUGCCCAUCAUCGCGGUGUCUCUCGUACACCUCCGCUUGGCCGGAAGAUGGAACGAUCUCUCGGAGGGCAAGGUGGCCGCAGUUAUCCCCUGUGUCUGCCUCCUGGUUGAGCUACACUUCAGUACCAUGUCGUCGACAUUUCCAACGCUCGGUCCGUUCAUGAAAUCUCUGAACACGAGAUGGGGCGCGAUCGAUCCACAGACGGCUAGCAGCUAUGCGCUAGAGUCCUUGAGUGGCAGGGAAGGAACACAAAAGUCGCUAGCCUCUUAUUCCAAGAACACGGGUUAUUACUAUCGGGUGAAAGGUGAUCCUGGACGAAGAGCUAGCCGGGACAGUAAUUCUAACGACUCGUCUCGGAUGAUCAUACAUCGUACCACCGAGACGACGGUCGAGUACGACAGGAGCGUCCGCAAUGCUAGCCAGAUGUAG